CUCCAUGGACAAGGGCAAGAAGCUCGUCAAGCUCUAUCGUCGUGCUCGUCCUCCUGGCUCUGGUGCUACUGGCGGCAGCUCUUCCCCUGCAGCCAUCGCCCUGGACAUGGACGACACCGAUGACGAGAUGGAUGUCGACCCUGAUCACAUCCGCGUCAUGGUUGCCGAGCAGCUCAGUGCGGAGAUGGCCAAGUACCAGUCCGCGCUCAACACGCACAUCGGGGACUGCGUCGCGUCCACCGUCAAGGCCGAGGCUACUACCAUCCAGCAGUCCCUCGCCUCCAACUUGGACGAGUGCUUCAGCAAGUGCAAGGCCGACCUUGAUGCGCUGCCCUCGAAGCUGGACGCCCAGGUCGUUGCCGCCGCCACGCCGAAGAUCGACGAGGUCAGGCGCGAGCUCAACACCCGGUGCGACAGCCUCAAAGUGGAAAUCAUGCAGGUCGACAGCCGUGUGGAUCAGCAAGACAAAUUACUUCGUGAAAUGCACGAGCAGAUCAAGCAGCUGCAGAGUGCCCUCGCCGUCGCCAACUCUGCGACGCCAGCUCCUCGUCCUGUUGCAGGCUCGGACACCUUCACGCGCGACACCGAUGAGACGAUCAUCGAGGUCUUCGCGGGAGUCCAGAUCACCACUGAUCAAUGGGAGCUCACAGCUGCAGACCCUCUCCCGAAGCACAUCACCAUCAAGCUCAAGGGCGCCGUCGGCCUGGCCACGCGACGGGUCCAGAAGCUGCUGGCCUCGCUGCGCGUUGGCAAGACGUGGCGCGAGUUCAACGUCGACGCGCACGCUGGCGGCCAGACCAGGCUACACCUGUCCCAGGACAAGAAUGCGAAGCAGAUCGAGACGGAGGUCAUUGGCAGGAAGAUGCGCAACAAGUUCGUGGAGCUGUACGGCGCUAACCAGCGCGUCUUCUUCGAUCGGGAUCGCGGCUGGCUCUCGUUGGGCCGGGGCGCGCUGUGCAAGCUCGAGUGCUUCCCUGGCCGUGAACCGACUCGUGUGCUCUGGAACCCAGCUCUUGUGGCGCUGACCGUGCGGGGCGGAUACGUGGCGGUGUCGCCACUGUCGUUCCUGGCAUUUUGUCGCGAGGCAACGCUGUUGCUGCCAUUGACCGGUUCUGGCGCGGCUGGCCUGGCUGGGCGCUCGCUCAAGUGCAUUCACAGACCAGAGGGGGUUUAUGAAGGGGGGGAUUUUUGUUGCCAGAACCCGGUGGACGUGGACGCUCUGUCUCGCGUGCACUCGGCUCGGCCCGAAGCCGAUCGCCGCUGCCCGCUGCUGCGCGCCCUGGACGAUGGCCAGGCUUUUCCGAGCCUUAACCAUGAGUUCGUGCUGUUGGUACUGCGCAAGAAAGGGUGCCCUUCCCAGCUCCUCUCUUUCGCGUCGAUCCUGUACGAGGGCAUCGAAGGGGUCUAUCCGUCCAGGCUGACCUCCGCGCUGCUGAGCGCGGAGCUCUUGCGCAGGCUUUUCGGCUGCCGCUGGGAGCUUAUCGAGAUCGGGGCUCGCACGGCGAUCGUGACUAUUCCCGGGUACAGAAAGGUUUUCGACUUCCUGGCGCGCCAGACCGACGCGCCCCAUACUGGCGUGCCCAGCGCCCCCGGCCUUCACGUGCGGAAGCUGCCCGCCCUGCCCGGCUUGUCCCUCGUGCACCUGCGGCGGGCAGGCGUCGCCAGCGGAGUGCCCAGCGGCACCUACGGCGACUCCUUGUCCCUGGAGCACCUGCAGCAGCAGUGCCCAACAGUCUCCAAGAUGGACAUGUUGGACAUCCCCGAACCCCAAGUUCUCGUUCACUAUCCCGAUGACGAGGCGGGUCUAGAGUGGCACCACCGCACACUGGUCAAGAAGAUCACAGCGGGGGCGUGGAUUGCGAUCGCUCCCGAUCUAGAGCUGGUGCGACACAAUCUUCUCGAGCAGAGACACAUCGUGCUCGAGCGCAACGCCAUGUUCCCCGCCAGCCGUCGUGCUCAGACGUAUGGCCUCGAUCCUGUGCCGAGGGCGGACAUCCUUGCCCCCAAGAGACACGUGGCUGUGCAGGCAGCCAUCCUGGGCGACGACGGUCAGGAUGUGGAGAUGGAGAACUUCGGAUGGGUGAUCAGCGAGGCGUCCCACUUCAGGUUCGGGCAGAUUUUGACCGACCCGGAGGUCCAGCAGGCCACCCUGGGGCAGAAUAAGGGCGUCGCCAUCGUGAGUGGCCUAGAGGUUUUCGUUGAGAAGGUCCAGGUCGGCAACCUCGAGGCGGUCCGGCUGGCGAUCCAGACCGACCAGCUCGACGUCACGAACUUGUCGAGUUUCGAACUCAUCAUGCGAAGGAUUUGCCAAGAUGAGACUGCAGUCGCCCGCAUACCCCGGCACCCAGACUACGGAGGUCUGGAGAUCGUCUUGCACGCCCCGACGACCGAGCAGGGCCAGGCCAGCAAGAGCAAGUUCACAGAGUGGGUGACCGGUCGGCUCAAGGAGCAGGCCGCCAUCUACAAGCAGACUCGGUUGUGGAACGAGGAGCAGCGCGCCCUGCAGACCGCCCGCGGCUCGUCGGACACCGACGAGGGCCGCGGCCGCAAGGGCAAUCGUGCCCGAGGCAAGGGCGACAAGAGUGCGGGCGGGGAUGAGGACUGGAUCUUGGACAGCAUUGUAGAGCGCGUCGACGCCGCGGGCCCCCCCCCCCCCCCUGGCUUGACGGCCGAGGGGGCCGCGCGCGAGCUGCUGGCGCCCAAGGACCUGCAUUCCCAGGGGCCGAAGAGCCUCGCGCCGUUCGACCUGACAACGCUCAAGGUCGCGAAGGGCCGCGCGCGGCCGCGCUCCGUGGCCAACUUCCUGCCACCGCUAGCCGCGGAGACGGCCCGCAACCCAGCACAGCGCAUCGAGAAGGAUGAAGGGGAGAUGGAGUUCAUGCGCCAGUCGACCGACCCCAUCAGACCUUAUUGGGAUCCAAUACUUUUUCCAAGUCGGCUGGAGCGCUGGCGUUUGUUCCGAGUGUUGCACGAGCUCGGGCUCAUUACUUCCAGACGUCGGCUUCGUGCUCGGGCCGCUCUCUUUGUCGCGCAAAAGAAGGACGCCGGCGAGAUCAGAAUGAUAGUUGAUGCGAGGCAGGCGAACUCCUGUCAUCGUGCGCCGCCGACCUCCAGGCGUGGGUCGGCUGGCGCCCCCGACGACCUCGACUUCUCCAUCGGGGACGGCUCGUUCGACGGCGUCGGCAGCAUCGUCGGCUGGGACCCCCGCGGGAACGAGGCCGACGUAGAGGACUGCAUCUACAAUUUUGCGAUCGACGGCUUGGCUGAGUGGUUGGGUUUCGACGACCCGCUGCCGGUUGUGACGAUCAGGGACAUCCAUGGCAUCUACGUCGGCGCCUUCUGCGACCCGGACCUGAACAGGAUGGUCUUGGCGGAGGAGGCCGUCUCAGCGACGACGGCUCGGGCCCUUCGGCCCUCCCCGACCGCGGAGCCCACCACGGUGAAAGAGCACUAUCCGGCCCCCGACCUCUGCGAGUCCAAGGUGAUGGGCAGUGUCUACGUUGACAAUAUCAUUGUCCUGGGCCGCGACGCGCCCCUGGCUCGCGAGGCUGCUUCCGCCCUGCGUGCUGAGGCCGAGCACUGCGGCCCCCCUGUCGCUUGGAGUUACCUGGACGCGGUCACCCACCUCGAGACGGUCGGGGCCGAGAUCGACCUCAAGAGGGGGCGCCUUCGGAACAAAGCCCCCCGAGUCUGGCGCUUCGACCUGGCCACUCGGGCCCUACUGGCACGGGGAAAGAUGCGUGGUGAGCACAUGGAGGUCUGGCUCGGCCACGCUGUCUCGCUGCUGAUGCUGGCCAGGCCCGGCUACGCGGCGCUCUCGGCCACCUACCUGUUUGCCGAGACCGCGCGGGGCGCACGGGCCGCCCUGCCGCGGGAGGUCAUGCAGGAGAUGCGCAUCGUGGUCGGGCUCGUCUGGCUGACAGAGGUCGACCUGGCCGCGGCCUAUGCGCCUCGCGUCUACGCCAGCGACUCCGCCGACCACGGGCACGGGCGGCACCUCCGAGGGCCCCGCGCGGGCCUCGUCUCUCCGGCAGACGUUGCCGACGUGGGGGGCUACGGCCACGCGGACGCGUGCCUCGAGUACGACGAGGGCCAGGGCUUCCUGGAGCUGUUCUCCGGGGAGGGUGGGCUCUCGCAGGCCUUCGAGGAGCUCGACCUGAGGACCUUCCCAUGCAUGGACAUUCAGGUGCCCGAGGCAGCCCUGGCGCUCCAGACGACGGUGACCUCGAGAGCCGGCUGCGCGAUGCUACUCGACGGCUGGCUUCGCGUUCCAGCGGGCGCCUCCGACCGGCUCGGCAGCGGCUUCAAGCGGAACCUGACCUCGGGUUUGUUGCAGCUGCCGACCCGGGCGCCCUCGAGAGCAGGUGCGAUCGCCCACGGCCGUGCAUCGUCUUCGGCCAGGACACCAACCUCGAGGCAGCCCGGAAGCAAGCGCCCCGCCUCAAGAGAGGCCCGAGGGGUCGCUGGCCGCCGCUCCCGCGUCUCUAGCUUCGUGGACGCCAUCAAGGGCCAGGACUUCAGCUUCGGACCCCGAGCCCCUGCCCUCGUGGAUGGGGGUGUGGCCCGCUUCGGUUCCAUCACCGUUGUCUCUCUUGAGCGAUAUGGAGUCGCUGUCCGGGACUUCUUCGACUGGGCCACGCGCUCCGAGGACCGCCACGUGGACGCCGCCGUCGCCCUUGCCAUCCAGCUGGACGCCUACCUGAG